UGGCCUUCAUAUCAUAUGCAACUCUCAGAAAAGCUCCACCGUGAUGAUGAGGUGGUCCUCGGCGGCGGACCCAUCUCCACCACCACCCGCCACCGACCCACGCAGCCUCCACGCCGCCGCCAUCAAGACCGGCACCACAGACCGCUCCACCCUCAACAGCCUCAUCACCCUCUACUCCAAAUCAAGGUUCCUCUCGUCCUCCCUCCUCCUCUUCCACCACAUCCCCUCCCCCAACAUCGUCUCCUGGACCGCCCUCAUCUCCGCCCUCUCCAACUCCUUCCUCUCUCUCCGCUACUUCGUCUCCAUGCUCCGCCACCCCACGCUCCCUAACCACCGCACUCUAGCCACCCUCUUCAAGUCCUGCUCUUCCCUCCCUUCUCUCUCCUUCGGCCUCCAACUCCACACUCUCUCUCUCAAGCUCUCUCUAUCUUCCCAACCCUUCACCGCCUCUUCGCUUAUCAAUUUCUAUUCCAAAACCCGACUUCCAGAUGAUGCUAGUAAAGUGUUCGACGAAAUUCCUCACAGAGACCAAGUUUGUUACGGGUCUAUAAUUGUUGGGUUAGCGCAAAAUUCGUGGUCGUUUGAGGCUUUAUCUUGCUUUGCUAACAUGAGAAGUUGUGGGAUUGGAUCUACUAUGUAUAGUGUAUCGGGAGCGCUCCGUGCUGCGGCGGAGCUUGCUGCUUUGGAGCAAUGUAGGAUAAUUCACGGGCACGCGGUUGUUACUGGGCUCGAUAUGGGUAUGGUUGUGGGGACUGCAUUGGUUGAUGGGUAUGGAAAGUGUGGUUUGGUAUCGGACGCUCAUGGGGUGUUUGAUGAGCUUGUGUCGGAGAUGAAUAUUAUCGGGUGGAAUGCAAUGAUGGCGAGUUAUGCACAGCAAGGGGAUUGGAAUUCGGUGAUGGAGCUUUUUGGUUCGAUGGAGGCUAGAGGGCUUGUCCCGGAUGAAUAUAGCUUUCUUGCAAUUCUUUCAGCUUUUUACAAUGCGGGUUUGGUUGGGGAGACUGAACAGUGGUUGAGCAGGAUGAGAUUUGAUUAUGGGUUAGAGCCGUUGCUCGAGCAUUAUACAUGUUUAGUGGGAGCAAUGGGUCGAGCAGGGCGAUUGGAGGAAGCUGAAAAGAUUGCAAUGACAAUGCCAUUUGCGCCGGAUGCAGCAGUCUGGCGUGCAUUGUUAUCAGGUUGUGCACAACAUGGUAAUGUGGACAUGGCUUGGACAAUGUCAAAGCGGUUAUUGGGAUUUGACCCACAUGAUGACUCUGCUUAUGUGAUUGUUGCGAAUGUCUUUGCCGGUGCAGGGAGGUGGAAUGAAGUGAAGGAAAUAAGGAAGAUGAUGAAGGAUAGAAGAGUGAGGAAGGAAGGGGGGCGUAGUUGGAUCGAAGUACAAGGAAAGGUUCACGUGUUUUUGGCUGGGGAUCGAAGACAUGAGAGAACAAAGGAGAUAUAUGGAAAGUUAGCGGAGUUGAUUGAGGAGAUUGAGAAAUUGGGAUAUGUUCCGUAUUGGGAUGAGGUGUUGCAUGAAAUGGGAGAAAGUGAGAAGCGAGAAGCACUAAUGUUCCACAGCGAGAAGUUGGCAGUGGCUUUCGGGUUGGUUAGUGGAGCGGCACCACCAGGGAAGGCUAUGAGGAUUGUGAAAAAUUUGAGGAUAUGUAGGGAUUGUCAUGAAGCUUUUAAGUACUUCAGUUUGGUGGUGGAGAGGGAGAUCAUUGUGAGAGAUGUUAACAGAUACCACAAGUUCUCGGAUGGUAAUUGUAAUUGCCGAGAUUGUUGGUAACUAUUCAAGAGAAUACAUCAAUGCAAAGAAAGCAAACCCUAAAUUUGAUGUUACACUUCUUGAUGCUGGUACUGGUCAAUGCACUCUCCAAGGUCUGUUCAAUUGUAGGGCUAACCCAAGGGAUGUUGACAGUCAUGGCUUUGAAGAGAAUAGGGACAUGGGUUUUUUUGGCCUUGGGGAGCAAUAUGGUUACUUGGUUAGUGCCAAUGAGUUUUCUGCAACAGGCUGGGAAUCUGUGUAUGUGCUGGGCCAAACUUGGGGAGAUUUGUGGCAAGGAGAUAUCAACACCAGCAUUGUCAUCAUCAUCUUGUAAACUGAAAGAACAUAGAAUCUGGAAUGAGAAAACAAGAACAGAGGAAAAUACGGCCAAGGUAGUGGCAACAUGAGUGCAAAGUUUGAUCAUUUCUUUGAUGUUCACUGCAAUUUUGAUGUAGGAACAUGACUGAAUGUUAUGUGUGAUGUGGGGGAAGGAGGUUGAUAAUGGAGCUGGGAGAAUUAAGUGCGUUUGGUUUAGUCUAAAAUUGAUGUAGAGUGCAUCAAGAACAGUGGGCUGGUCUUGUUUGUCAGACUAAACGUAAUGCGUUUGUUAUUUACAUUACAAUUUUUUGAAGAUUGAGCUGCGAAUUGAUGAAUGAGGAAAACCGUAUGGCAGUUUUGGACAAUUUGACAAAUAAGAAAAAUUGUUCACUGAUCCACCUCAAUGGGAUAUUCAUCCUCUUGUAGUUUACUAUUUUGCGAAUCAUCUCUCGCCAAUUAUAGUGGUUUGAGAAAUUUUGCCAAAAUAUUUCAUAUUUAAUAUUGAUCUUGUUUAUACA